AUGGCCUCCGAGCGUGUGCACCGAGGGAGCGUGCUGAGCAACAGCACAAGCUUCAGUGGAGAAGCCAGCCACUUGUCCAAGGUAGCGGAGCUGGCAACCUUCUCCUGGCUGCUAGCAUGCUCUGCUCGGGCUGUGUGGCGGCUGCAACGAUCCGGUGCCUCAAUUCCAUUGGUGUACAGACCAUCACGGAGCGCACCUUUUGACAACUACCAGAGGGCCUACUUGCUCCCUGCAGUAAAACAGGUGAUGGGCGAUGUGACUCUCCAGGCUACGGCGCCAAGUAUCUCACGUGCAGUGUGCUUGCCAUGCAGAAUGGCUGCAUUUUACACAUUGAGCAGGUGCAAGUCGGAGAGUCACCUGAAGUCCCCAACAGUGUCUCUAUGGAGAAGCAAGGACUUUCAAAGUGCCUGACUGCUAUGGAGGAACUAGGCAUCAACGUAUGCUCGCUAACAACAGGUACCAUAUGUUUAUGCAA